AGGUUCAGUUAUAGAGGAAGCCUCUUAGAGACAAAAUGUCCAAGUUGAUUCUUUAUGGCACUGAGGCUAGUCCCCCAGUUCGGGCUGCAAAACUGACCUUGGCCGCCCUUGACGUGCCCUACGAAUACGUGAAAAUAAACACCCUGGCCAAGGAAACCCUUUCCCCGGAGUUCCUCAGGAAAAAUCCCCAGCACACGGUGCCCACUUUGGAGGACGAUGGGCACUUCAUCUGGGACUCCCAUGCAAUAAGUGCCUAUCUGGUGUCCAAGUAUGGCAAGAGCGACAGUCUCUACCCGAAGGACCUCCUCCAAAGGGCUGUGGUGGAUCAGCGACUGCACUUCGAGUCGGGAGUGGUUUUUGUCGGCGCGCUGAGAAGCAUCACCAAGCCACUUUUCGCCUCUGGCCAGACUACGAUUCCCAAAGAGCGUUACGAUGCCGUCAUAGAGAUCUAUGACUUUGUAGAGACUUUCCUUACUGGGCACGAUUACAUUGCCGGCAAUCAGUUAACAAUUGCGGACUUUAGCCUCAUCACAUCAAUCACUGCGCUGGCCGUAUUUGUGAACAUUGAUCCAGUAAAAUAUUCAAAAAUCACUGCCUGGAUCAAGAAGCUAGAAGAACUACCUUAUUUUGAAGAGGCCAAUGGCAAGGGUGCCCGCGAAUUGGUGGCCCUCCUCAAGAAAUUCAAUGUUACCAUCGCAUCUUAAUAUUAUUUCCUGCGUUAAACAGCUUUUAUGUUACUAAUAUAAAUAAAAUAUUACCCU